GCGUUGAGGCAGAAAGUCUCUUUCCCGCCAUGGCAGCACCCUCCCCGUAUCCAUACGCGUAGCCUAACCUACCCCAAGUGCAUCAUAUCUGCCUCAGAACAGCUGCGCUCCUAGUGCGUAAACUUCACUCCCCUGUGGCAGUUUUAAAUUGAAGAGAAAAUGUCACUUUACGAUGACUUGGGAGUUGAGACCAGCGAUUCUAAAACAGAAGGCUGGUCCAAAAAUUUCAAACUACUACAGUCUCAAUUGCAGGUGAAGAAAGCAGCUCUCACACAAGCAAAGAGUCAGAGAACAAAACAAACAACAGUCCUUGCUCCAGUGAUUGACCUGAAACGAGGUAGCUCUUCUGAUGAGAGACAGAUUGUGGACACACCACCUCAUGUAGCAGCUGGGUUAAAGGAUCCUGUACCUAGUGGUUUUUCUGCGGGAGAUGUGUUGAUUCCUUUGGCGGAUGAGUAUGAUCCCAUGUUCCCAAAUGACUAUGAAAAAGUAGUAAAACGUCAAAGAGAGGAACGACAGAGGCAGCGUGAGCUGGAGAGGCAAAAAGAGAUUGAAGAAAGAGAAAAAAGACGUAAAGACAGACAUGAAGCCAGUGGGUUUUCAAGAAGACCAGAUCCAGAUUCUGAUGAAGAUGAAGAUUAUGAAAGGGAGAGACGAAAAAGAAGUAUGGGAGGAGCUGCCAUUGCACCACCCACUUCUCUUGUUGAGAAGGACAAAGAACCUGUAGCAUCAUUUCCAUUUGAAGAGGAGUCAAGACCGCGGGCACCAUCUUCCAAAGCAGCUAUUCCUCCUCCAGUGUAUGAUGAGCCAGAAAGACCUCGUUCCCCCACAGGACCUAGCAACUCUUUCCUUGCUAACAUGGGAGGGACAGUAGCUCAUAAAAUCAUGCAGAAGUAUGGUUUCAGAGAGGGCCAGGGGCUGGGAAAGCAUGAACAGGGGCUGAGCACAGCACUGUCAGUAGAGAAAACGAGCAAGAGGGGUGGCAAGAUCAUUGUUGGUGAUUCUGCAGAGAAAGCAGAAACGGGCAAGAAAGCGGAUUCUAACCCCUUGACUGAGAUACUGAAAUGCCCAACUAAAGUGGUCUUACUAAGGAACAUGGUAGGUGCUGGGGAGGUGGAUGAAGAUCUAGAAGUUGAAACUAAGGAGGAAUGCGAGAAAUAUGGCAAGGUUGGGAAAUGUGUCAUCUUUGAGAUUCCUGGUGCCCCUGAUGAUGAAGCUGUAAGAAUAUUUUUAGAGUUUGAACGGGUUGAAUCUGCCAUCAAAGCUGUUGUGGAUCUAAAUGGAAGAUACUUUGGAGGCAGAGUUGUGAAGGCUUGUUUCUACAACCUGGACAAGUUCAGAGUACUGGAUCUGGCAGAGCAAGUUUGAUUUUAAAAAUCUAGCUCGAGGUGUCCCUGUUUUGGCAAUCAUGUUUUCAGCAGUAGGCUGGGAAUAAAGAAGAGAAAAGUAGCUUUCCUAGCAAACUGGAAACAAGCCUCAUUGAAUGGAUUUUUCGCAUUCGUUGUGACUUACAUUUUUUUGUAAUAUAAAGCCCUUUGAAAGUAA